AUAGAAUAAAAGGCUGGACUUGAAAAUUACAGAAACAGUUGGGUCUAAAAUUUCGACAGUGACACUUCGAAGAAAAUUGAAAAUGAACCAGUUAAUAAUUUUGGUGGUAGCCACUCUGCUAGUCGAAGGACUUUCGGCUGCAAGUCUAAAUGUGGAUUCAGAUAAUGAGGGACAAGCGGCGAAAAAUAUUGUGAAAAGGGAUGCAUCUUCUGUAUUUGGCAACGGUUUUCCAUUCAAUUUUCCAAGCCUGUUCCAGACCGCGUGGACUGAUGGGCUGAAGAAUGGGAAUGGCCACUACAUGUCCACCAGCUUUGUCGCUCACACCGGCGUUGACGCCAACGGCAAACCUGUCACCACAGGCGUGCAAAUCACAGACAACGACGGCAAGAAAACUGAGAGAAACUUCUAGAAACUUCCAGUUGGGUAGAGCGGAUUUCUUUUCGAAAUAUGGCAAAAUCAGCGGUUUUGAGAUUAUAAAACAAAGGAUCAUGGACGAGAUUUAUUAGAUUAAGGUCAAAUUUCACCAACGUCUGUUAGUGUUAACAGCUUGUUAAAAUGUCGUGACA